CUUUCGCAGGGCCAAGGCGGAUGCAGCGACAUUCUCGGCAGACUCACCAACCGACCCUUUACCCGUCGCUGGAGAGGGCGACGCCGCAUUUUGCUCGAGGGAAUCCCGGGACUGCCCGAAUAUCGGCGCUCAAGAGUGUGGCUCGGUGUCCAGAAGGAGCAAGAGGAAUCCAGGAUUACAAAAAGCCUGGUGGGCGAAGGCAUCAUUGAACAGCUGAAGGGCAAGCUCGGCGACUCUGACGGCCUGAUUCUCUACGAGACUAUGCGGAGAGCCCUGCUGAAUCUCCGCUGGAGGGGCGACACGAUCGAGUCUGCAUGCAUGACCGAAGGCGAGCGGAUUUCCAGGGCCUUGCUGCUGGCUUGUUGCUUCUCUCUUGGCACCUGCGAUAUCGGUUCGGGCCAAAUCAAGGAAGAUGCCGGCGCGAACCUGUGGCAUCUCUUGCUCGAUUCGGCGCAACCGCCCACCAGGUGCAAGCAUUCGGUCGAUGCAGAAUUAUGCACUGCCGACCACAGCGCAUGUCACCCAUCGUUUUGGCUUAGCGGUCUCAGCGGCCUAUCCGACUCGGAAUCUGGGCGCCCAUUGGCCUGGACUCCGGCCACAGUGGCACAGGGGCCGUAUCUUCGGAGAUUGGCUCUUGAGACCGAGCUGGUCCGUCGAGGACUCCCGGGCGACUCUGUUUGGCGAUACCAAGUCGCGCGCCGAUGGAUUCAGAGCGGCAGCGAGGACCCUCCGGUCGAAGGCGGCCUGGAUAUCGCCAAGCUGUGCCGGAUCAUUGAAAUCGGAGAAGCUCGGUGGGAGGCCGAGCAAAGGUACUUUCGUUCCAUUUGGUGCACUACGCCAGACCGGCAAUCCGACGACAUGCCGACAAAGCGCAAUCGAUUGCAUGGCCACUGGCGGAUGUUGACUGCACUCUCGCUGUUGCUGUUUCGCAGAUGAGCACCAUUCUUUGUCGAUGCAAGGCUGCACGUUGACACAAGCAGCCGCUGGGCAAUACCGCUGGCAUGGGUCGC